GUGCGCGUGCGCGGUGUCGCCGACAGCCUGAGGUGAUCGGGGUCUUCUCUCUCACGACGUCCUACUCGGUUGGAAGAAGUAGGCACCUGGAUGUUACUGUAUUCGUAAUGUCUCCCGCGCUGUGAUACGAAGUCCGGACGAUUUUUGAUUUGGACAGGAAGGGGGAAAAAAAUCGUAACUUUCGCUAUCAAUUCAGAAGCUGCGGCCUGGAAUCGAGUCAGAGCCCUGGCCUGUUUUUCCAGGCAGUGAAGCCGCCGCAGGCCCGAGCGGAGUAUCAUGAAUGUAGCAGCGUUUCCUUCCCCUGCUGCUGAUAUGGCUGAAAUUAACCGCAUCCAGUAUGAGAUGGAUUACACUGAAGGCAUUAGCCAGCGAAUGAGAGUACCCGAGAAGCUACAGGUUGCACCAGAAGAUGGUGAAGACAGGUGGGCAAAAGGCGAUUGUCAGAACAACACAGUUGUGAUGGAGGUGCCAGAAAGGAUUUUUAUAGCAGGUGACAAUAACAAUACUAGACCAAGGGAUCUUGAUCUUAUGACAUCAACCCCUACAGAACCUUUGGCAUUGAAAACCCCUCCUCGUGUGCUCACUUUAAGUGAACAACCUUUAGAUUUCUUGGAUCUUGAGCGACCUGUUGCUUCAACACAACAAAGUGAUGAGUUUCGUUCACACAGUCGUGUGCGGAGGGAGCGUUCAAUGAGUGAAAAUGCUACCCGACAGAAUGGGCAGCUUGUAAGAACAGACUCUAUAGUGACACCAACUCCCCAACCUCAGCUUGAACCUCGUCUUUAUCCUCCACUCAUCUCCUCUGAAGAUGGACCAAACGUAUACUCUCCACAUGGCAUUUUGUCAAUAAUCCACUCCACCACCCGUAGGGCCUACCAGCAACUCAUGGACAUGCUAGAUGAAAAUCGCAGAAGAGCAGUACUUCAUGGUGGGUCAACUUGUUCUACGUCAUCGAACCCUCAGCUUGAUUGUUCCAGGUAUAGCAUUUCAAAUUGCGAUUCUGCAGUGGAAGGAACGCCAGAUGACAUGGCAGUAGUGGAUUCCGUUUCCUUACGAAGACAGAUAAUUAAGCUCAACCGUAGACUCCAGCUCCUGGAGGAAGAAAACAGAGAGCGCACCCGACGAGAAAUCAUCAUUUACUCAAUAACAGUAGGGUUCUGGUUGAUCAAUAGCUGGCUUUGGCUUCGGCGCUGAAUAGGCAUUGUAUGAAUUCUUCAUGUGCUAACCGAACAACAGGUCUUUUCAAAAACAGCUGGUGACAUAAGGGCCAGGGAUAUUUUUAUUGCUUCUCCUGCACCUUGCAGAUUUCCUUGAGGUCCUUACACAGAUUGCUCACUCCAUACAAAACAGGAAAAGGAAAUCAUGGGGAGAAAGGAAUAUUUUGUUGCUUCAAUUUAAAAUAUUUAUUGCAUCACUUCAUAAGACAUCAGUUGACUCAUUUUGCAUGCCCGUGAUUAGGAGAUAUGUAGUUUUCAGAACUUUAAAAUAUGUCAUUGAAUCUAAUGUGCAUGUGACUGUGUAGGACCAGUACAGAAGAUGUCAUGGAACUGAACAGCGAAUAAAGCUAACAAGCAGCUUCUUUGAAUUUAUGACUUGCUGGAUCAGGGGGACUACAUAUAAAAGAUUUUGCAAGAGUUAUAUUUGAAGUGAUGUACAUAUAUAUGGUGUUUGUAUUCCAUUGUCCCAUGAAGAUGAAUUUCUAGUUAAAGGGGCCUAUAUUUUGUUUUUGCACUGAUUUUGAAAGGAAUACUUUGGAGUAUGAGAAUAAACCUUUAUAUUUUUAUGUGUGCAUCAAAAACAUAUCCUGUUUCAUUGACUUUUAUUUUUAAUUUUCAUGUGAACCUGCACUCUGAUGCAGACUGAUAUGUACUUAGCUGUGCAUUGAAAUGUCAGUAUGUUAUGUUUUGGCUCCUGGCAUUUUUGUGCAGUAAUGAAAGCAAUUUAGAACCAGGGUUGUAGGUGGUUGGGGGAGUUUGGUGGUGAUCAAGUCAAUCCAAUUCAUUUAACCAUCCAUCCUCUGAACCUGUGAAUAUUUCUAUUCUGUUAAUACUGUUCUGCAGUAAAAUUUCCAAAAAAGUUGUUUUGUAAAUGUGUGUGGAGGGACUGGAUGUUUAGGGGAGGGGGAAAAUGUUUUCCAUGAAUGCUGGAAGAAUAAGUGUCAUUGUGUCACCUUAACUUAAUGUAUUCUGUUGACGUUUGGAUCAGACAAAUGUUUACAGUGUGACAGUUUCAAUGAGAUAUCUUUUAGUAUAUUACCUACUUUGUACUUGACCUGCAUAUGCACAAAUUUAAAAUUUGACCUUGUUAAAAGACAUUUAUUACAGAAGCAUCAAUGCAAACAUAGCCCAGAUGGAAAUGUAUUUCUGGGUUUACAGUGUGCAAAUGUUUUAACUGUGGCAAACUUUUUUUUUUCUAAUGACCUUUUAUGUAAGCAAGCUUGCACAAGAUUGAAACUGCAUAUGUAAAUAUAGUUGACUAUAUACAAGGUGGCAAUAAAUAAA